AUCCCCAUUUCCUCUUCCUCCUCAAAACAGCCCAAAGAACAACCCCAGCAGCAGCAGAGGGAAAUCGUGGCGACGAAAAUGGACGAGGCCAACUCGUACGAGGAGCAGCGCCGGAGGCAGAUCGAGCAGAACAAGCGCAAGCUAGAUGAGCUGCGGGUGCACAGGCUCUCCGCCGCCGUCCGCCAGGCCGCCGCCAAGCCCAUGCCGGCCAAGCUGCUGAUGCCUCGGAAUCCGAGGCUGGACGCCCCGACCCGGCGGUCCGGCCGCAUCGCCAGCCUCCCCGAGCAGCCCGACUACCGCAUCAGGAAGGCGAACGGCGAUGUAAAGACCGUAUCGCCCGAUCCAGUUCCAGCGUACGCGACCGACGAAGAGAGAGCCUACGCAGUCGCCAGGGCCGAGCAGCUCAAGGCCCAGCUGGGAUCCGACUACCCAACCUUCAUCAAGCCCAUGUCCCACGGCACCUCCACUAAAUCGAGUAAGCUGUGCAUCCCGACGCACUUCGCCCAGUUUCUCCCCGUGCAUGAUGAGAUGAUGGUUCUGGUGGAUGAGGUGACUAAUAAAGAGUUUGCCAUGCUCUGCCGUGUCAAUUACAAACAUCAGAAGCGCUACCUUAUCGAGUGGAGAGCGUUUUCUGCUUACCACGAGCUGGCUGAUGGCGACUGCUUGGUGUUGCAGCUCAUAGAGAGGAGAAAAUUCAAGGUUUAUAUAGUUAGAGCGAGUUCUUACAACAACAAUGACCACUGAUGGUGCAGCAUAGAAGGUGUAGCAUAUUUUCAAUUGGAUGGGCAGCUGGGAACUUGCCUCGCUGUUUUUUUGGGGAAUUUCGAGGGUGACGGCUCUCAACCUAAGUAGACGAGCAUGCACAUUUGUUACUUUGGUCAAAGUUGUACCCAGGAUGAAACGCUUGGAUGAACCAUUUGCUUUGUUCUGUUGGAAAAACUGAGCCCUGUGGUUGUUGCUGUUGGUUAACAAACUUGUCCGGUUAGUAGUUGUUUU